UGGACAUAGUAUAUAUAAUUGUGCUCAUUCUCAGAUACUUUAUCGGUGACCUGUCUUAAAUGUUUGUGCGAAGAGCAUUGAAUAAAAACUAGUCGAUCUACGCAAUACACGUGUGUUGUGAUACCUGAAUUUCUAUUUUCUCGAGCUCCUGAUCUGAAAAUACCAUUAAAGAUGACGAAAUCGAAGAAGAAAAGGACAAGUGAUGACAAGAAAAGCAAUUUGGCAGAUAUGUCAAUAGAUGACUUCAUGGCAGAUGAUUUCGACUCAGAAGACGAGGAAGAAGAUGAUGAUCACGAUGACGACAGUAGCAAGGCUGAGAAGAAAAAGCCAAAAAGUGGAAAAGACUCCAAGAUCGCAGGCCAUAAGAAGUCCCUUGAGAAACUGAAGACGUCCGACCCAGAGUUCUUUGAGUUCCUUCAAGAGAAUGAGGGCGGGCUUCUAGACUUUGACGAAUCGGAUGAUUCUGAGAUGGAAAGUGAGGAGGAGGAAGAUGAACUCGAUGACGAAGAGAAUGAUGGAGCUGAUGAUGUCGAUAGCGAUGAUGAAAUCGAUGAUGAUGAGGAGGAGGAGGAAGAUGAAGAGAGUGGAGAUGAAGAUGAUCUAGAAACUAAAAAGUCCAAUGAGCUUGACAGUGAUGAAGAAGACUUUGUUGAUGAGGAAGGUGAUGGAAGCAAGAAGAAGAAAAGAGGUGGUAUUCCUGUGACCUUGGCUCUGGUAGAUAAAUGGAAGCAGCAGCUUGAGAAUCAUUCCGUCAAGGCUCUGAGAGAGGCGAUGAAGGCGUUCCGUGCAGCAGUACAGCAAUCCGGAUCAGAAGAACAUGUCAGAACUAAGUACUCUGUGGAUGGGUCUGCUUCUUUCAAUGCUGUCGUGUCUCUAUGCCUGAAACAAGUCUAUCCAGUUCUUCAACACUCUUUGGAGUUGGAGGACAAAGCUGGCAAAACACCGCCUUCAAGUUCUCCUAAAUGGAAGAACCAUCAUGUGGAUGUGAAAGCCUAUCUGACUGAUGUCAUUCAGCUAUUAGGUAAUGUAGGUGAACCAAGCAUAGUGAGUGUAGUCCUUCGUCAUGUCAGGUGUCUCAUCCCAUAUUACACAUGCUUUCCUAAGCUUGUCAAGGUCGUAAUCAAGAAACUGGUGAAUCUGUGGAGUACGGGAGAAGAGACGGUCCGGGUCCUGGCAUUCCUAUGUCUCUUCUCGAUAGUGAGGUGUACCAAGCAAUCCAGACUGGAUUUUAUACUCAAGCAAUUGUACCUAGCUUACGUGCGAAACACCAAGUUCACGUCACCCAGUACCCUACCAGUGAUAAACUUCAUGCAGAGGUCGAUGACGGAGAUGUUUGCUCUCAACACUCGGCUUACGUACCAGCAUGCUUUCAUCUACAUCCGUCAGCUCGCUAUACACCUCAGAAACGCGAUCACAGUCAAGAAAAAGGAUAUGUAUCAGUCUGUUUACAACUGGCAGUACAUACACUGUAUCUACCUCUGGUGUCGAGUGUUAGCUACACUUCACAAUGAUGAGACACUGAAACCCUUGGUGUAUCCUCUAGUCCAGACAUCGAUAGGUGUUAUCAAGCUUAUCCCAGCAGCACGUUACUACCCCCUACGAUUUCACGUGGUACGAGCCUUGAAUCUCCUCUCAGAAGCUACCGGUACAUUCAUCCCACUUCUUCCAUUCAUACUAGAGGUUCUCCAGCAAACAGAUUUCAACAAGAAACAUUCCAUUGCUAGCUUCAAACCCCUUAACUUUGCUGUGAUGUUACGGCUUUCAAACUCACAGCUGAAAGAGAGAGCCUUCAAGGAUGGAGUAAUGGAUCAGGUAUAUGAUCUUCUCAUAGAGUAUCUUCAGGUUCAUUGCCAUCGUAUCGGCUUCCCUGAACUCGCCCUACCUGUUGUCUUAGAGUUGAGAACGUUCCUGAAGAAGUGUAAGGUUGCCAACUUUACUCGUCAGAUGAAGCAGUUCUUGGAUAAAGUCUUGGAGAAUUGCCAAGAGAUCACAAAGAGGAGAGAAAAGGUUUCAUUUGGACUAGCAGACGACAAAGCAGUAAAAGCAUGGGAGAUGAAGAGUCGAGAGCAAGGAACAGCCAUCUUGAAAACCUAUGUGACCUACAAGAAGCUGAGAGAAAGAGAAUUGAAACACGAGGAAGCAGGCAAAGAAAGGCUUGUUGACGAUAAGAUUCCCACAAUGACUCAGAGUAAAAAGAGGAAGCUAGAGAGCAAGAUGGAGAUGAAGGACCUCUUCAAGAAGGACGUCGGAUCGGACGACGAGGAAGAUCUCUUCAAGAGGGUAGAGCGCAAGCAGAAGAGGUUGCAGGAGCGUCCAAAGAAGAAGGGAAAGUACAGUGAUGAUGACGUCGACGAAGACGAUGACCUGGAAGAUUUAGAUGAAGAAGACUUUGCCGAUUUAAGUUAUGAUGAUGAGGAUGAAGAUGAUGUUGAAGACCAGUCAACGUCAAAGAACUCUUUGAAGAAGUCGUCAAAGACAGCAUCCAAACCCAGCAAAGAGGACAUCUGGGAGGGUGGCGAUGACCAGGACGAUGUGGUAGAGGACUUUUCAAUGUGGUCUGAUGAGGACGACGAUGUGGAAGGAAAGUCAAGAUCAAGUAAAAAGACCUCCAAAUCAUCAAAGGGUAAAUCUAAAGGUGUCCAACAAGCUCUGAAGAAAUCGCCGAAGUCUCAAAAGAAGAACAAGAAGAAGGUCAACAAGAAAAGCUAGGGGAUGUGUUGGUUUGCAGUUGACAAAAUCUCUAAUACAACUGUUGUUACUUUGCCAUUAUGGCAGUUACCAUGGUAAUAUGACUGGGCAGCCAAUCGUAAUCAAGGUUUGUGUGGUAGUUGCCAUAAUGGCAAGGUUGCUCUGGUUGUAACUUUUUAUGAAAUGGGCCCUUAGGCCUUGUAACAUGAAGCUUGAAUUAUUCAUGGGUGGACCAUGUAACUUGGACUGGAUUCUCUUUUUCAAUCUUAUUUUUAUCAGACUGAAUUCGAUUCCACUCUUAACCAAUUUAAGCACAAUCAUACAGUUCAUUUGUAUACCUGAUGACACAUGCACAGGCGGAUCCAGGGGGGGGGGCAAAGCCAGCCCAUGGCCCCCACCCCCUUUGAGAGGCACAAUUAAAAUUUGAAAUGUAAAAAUGCUGUUAAAACAGAAGUUUUGAAGGGGAUGGGUUGUCAAAUUUUUCUUUAGGAAAAUGUGCCUACCCGGUAAAUGAUUUAUGUGGUCAAUCAUAAAGUUGGCCUUAUGAUCAAUGCUAAGGUGUUUGUAACGGGGCCUUGGUUGUAGGCUAGCAUGAAUGAAUGAAGUAGCACAAGAGGUGAUAUGCAAGACUUCCAUCAAAGUAUAAUAAUGUACUUUAAGAUCUGUAUAAAUCAUUUAACUUCAUGACUGUCAAGUAAAUUGAUGUAAUAAUAUAAAGACAAAUAAAAAUUGUUCACUAUUUGCA